CUACCUUGGACACAGAAAACCAAACCAUAGAAGAGGAAAACCCCGGAGACCGCGAACAACCCUAAACAAGAGGUGAAGAAGAAGAAAUGGCAACCGGCGGCCCUGAGAAGAACCCUAAGAAGGCGAACCUCUUGGAUCCCCAUUCCAUCAAACACCUCCUCGACGAAUCCGUCACCGAGGUCGUCAAGAGCCGUGGGUACGUGGAGAACGUGAGGCUUAGCAACUUGAGAUUGCUAAUCGGAUUCAUCAUUAUCGCCAUCGCCCUCCUCGCCCAGUUCUACCGUAAGAAGUUCCCGGAGAAUAGGGAUCUCCUCGUCGCCUGUAUCGGAUUGUAUGUAGUUUUCAAUGGGCUGUUGCAGUUCAUCAGCUACACGAAGGAGAAGAAUGCUAUCCUUUUCACUUAUCCCCCUCCUGGAUCCUUCAAUAGCACUGGGCUGAUUGUGUCUUCCAAGCUGCCAAGGUUCUCUGACUUGUAUACUCUUACAAUUGCUAGCGCAGACCCGAAGUCCAUUUCUGCUAAUAAAACAGUCCACCUGACUAAGAGUGUGACAAAAUGUUUUCUUGUCAGGUUCACCAAAGAUGGGGUCCUUGUGGAAGGUUUGUUCUGGAAGGACGUUGAGAGACUGAUCGAUGAUUAUAAUGGAGAACGAAAGAACAAAUGACUGUGGAUUUCCUGCCUUGAUGGAAAGAUGGAGAACUGCAGGGAUGUGAAUUUCAAAACUGUUGUGAAUUGCAAAACUGUUGUGAUGAUUCUGGCCGGCCUACCGACCGACAGCCACACAAUCUCAAAGCAAAGAGGACAUGAGCUAGGAGUUUAAGAUGCAGCCAAUUUCUUUUCUUUAAAUUUAUUGUAGUUAUAAUUCUUCCUCUUGAACUUGUCAGGUUACUGAUGAUUCAACUCCUACCCUCUGUUUGGUGCUAAGGAUGAAUUGGAGGAGAGGAUGGAUAGGUCUUCUAUCCAUUAUCCUAUGUGCUUGUGAAACAAAGAAAGUUGGA